AUGCGCCUAAUUUUGACAGAAGCGAUAGUCAUCCUAUGUCUAAGCUGCACUUCACUUAGUGCUUUGUCUGUAAAAUGGAGCCAUCCGCCAAAUAUUGUGACAAAGGAGAAAUGUUACUCCGCGAAUGUAUCAAGUCAGCAAGGUACUUGCAGCGUCAAAAGACAGCCGCUCUUGAAACGAAAACUCGUUCGCAUAGAUGGAAAACAGGUAUUUUUCCUCAAACUAUUUAAACUUAUCUGAUAAAUAAACUAAAAAUUACAGCCUGCAAUACACGUGAAAAGGACGUCGACGUAUAUUAGAAAUGAUUUUAAAUGUUAAAGUGUUAACCUGACUUGAGACUCCUUGAUAUUCCUUCGCAAGUAAUGAUAUCUAUUCUUUAUAUUUUACUCUCCGAGGUAAAAUAGAUUAAACAUUAUUAGUACAUUAUAGUCAAAACGAUGUUUCCUUGUGUAGGUGGAAAUCAGCUACCUGCUUCAUUUUCACGUAAGACCUGCAUGAGUAUUCAUAGCAGUGCUGGUAGCUUACUGUCUUUUGAAGCUUCCAAGGCUUUUCCAUUAUCUCAAAUACGAUCGAUGUCUAAUUGAUAUUGUAAACACAAGAAUCGUUUCGCCUUAGUUCAAGAUAUUGCCUAUUAGCUAUGAAGAACAAGUGCAAACAGUGGUAAGCAACAUUGCAAAACUGUUUUCAUUAUUAAUCCAGACUUUUGACUGCACUUAUCCUAUACUGGUCAUGAAGAUUAAAAGGUGGUGGCUUUCAUAAUUAUUUCGUUAUUUUAAAGUGCAGUUUUAAAAUAUUCUCGGUUUCCUUAGCGAAUUAGAUUUUAAGCUUUCUGAUACUCUUUCAACGAUUUUUCUUGCAGGUCGGUCAUGUGAGUCAUGAGCACUUAGUUGCAGGGGAAACCCACAAAAUUAUCACUCGAGCACUCAAACCUCCUGUUUUUGGUACGUUUUACGUUUUCAUAUUAAAGUUAGGAGACUUCAGUGUACUCAUUUCUCUGGUUAUUGAUACCUCCAAAACUUACAAAUUAGACCGCUCUAGACGUUUCAGUUCUUGCUUGUGGAAAAAAGACACGUGACAUUAAAGCUAGAGAGAGAGUACCCGUCAAUGAAAUGAAUGGUUGUAAUGGAGUCAACGUUUGUGAUCAUGAAAACACAGGUGGCAGUCAUAAAGUCACUUUGGUAGAGGAAUAUUUUGCAAUUUGAGACGUUCCUAAUUUUUUUUCAUGGAGCAUUCAUAACACAUGUUUUUGUUAUCAAUUCGAGAGUGCCAAAAAUAGAUGUAAAUUGAAUAACUGAUAACCACCGUGGGAGGACUGUGACGCAGAUGAAUAUAAAUCAAAGGGAAGGGAAUAAAACGUGGCUUUUCUGUAUUUCAUUUUUAGAGAUACCAAAUUUUUUGACUGAAGAGGAAUGCCAGCAUAUUAUGCAAAAAGCAAAGGAAACAGGACUUGAGUUGAGCGAAGUUGCUUUGCCUGAGGAACAAGAUAAGUUUGCUAGUGAGUAAAAAGAAAAAAAAACUCUUACGCGCAAUCACAACUUUUUGUUAUUUGACUUGAGAGUAAAACUCAAAGAAAGAUGACCCUCGUAGGUGGACUGUAAUUUUAAAGAAAUAGCAGAUUCUGGCUUCCACGGGAUCCGAACCCGGGCCUCCCAGAUGUUAGUUAGGCUAUUAGCAACGAGUGGCUUCUUAGCUCAGUUGGUGAUAAUACCCAACUAGUAUCUGGGAGGUCUAGGUUCGAAUCCCGUCGAGCCUGAAAUAUUUAGGCUUCUUUUCUUUGCUCGAGUGCACUGUGUUUCAGUUGACUAGUUAGUGAGUGAGUGGAUCGGCUCUAUAGUAGAUGUUUAUUUCUAAGAAGAGUUUCUUUUUCUAGUAAUUAGUCUCUAUAUCAUUUAAUUGUCGAUUUGUAUAGGUAGUUGUUAUGACGAUGACUACAGAUGUGUGAGAUGGGCUAAAUAUGGAGAGUGUGAGAAAAAUCCUGGGUAUAUGUUAAAAAACUGCCAGCAGAGCUGUGAAGUAUGUGAAGGUAAGUGGAGCAAAUUUUUUUCACUAGUCUAUUGCUGAGUUUGAUAACCUAAAAGUUUAGUAAUACAAUAUUUCUCCUGCGGGAUUCUUCGCCUGGAUCAGAGCUAGUAACAUUUUUUUGCUGGGUCAAGUAUUGUGCUUAUUAGUGCUCAUUGAAAUAAUUCAUGAAUGAUUGCAUACUUUCUCCUGUCAGUUUUAGUUUACUUUUGUGAUUGGCUUUUCAGAUGGAAGGGUUCUUGACUUUGAUGAUUUGGACCGUGAUGAGGAUGGUAUACUCACGGGAUAUGAGGUACAAUCAAUGUAAUCGUAAUAUACAACAGCCCAAAACUUUUGCCGUACGAACCUACAAACGGCUUAAAAAAGUAAAAUUAUGAUCUCAUGAUAAGCAAGACGACUAUAACGCAGAAAGUUUAAACUUCCUUUGUGGUCAGCAACGAAGGGUUUUUAGACAUUAUGACUGAAUAUCCAAUUUGAAAAUGCAAUAUUUUGGCUACAUUUGAAAUUUGUUAUUUCCUCUACUGGGUCAAUAUGUUGUAUGAAGAGAGAAAAAUUUCACUUCCAGAUCUUCGCUUCAGCGAAAAGCAAAAACAAAAUUAAUAUGCAAAGAAGGAUAAAAAUUUUUCUUAAGUUUUGAUUUUAUUUCUAGGCGCGAAAGCUUUUGUGGUGAAAUUAAAAAAGUUGUGGUCAAUUUUUUUUAAAGUUUGCGAUUUUUGUUUUGUCUUUGUUUUAGUUCAGUAAGGCAGUAGAAAGAUUAUUUUUCAUGUACUUGGAUGAACAAGAUCUACAAGAAAUGCAAGUAUUUGACAUAAUAAUGAAUGUUGGAAAUAUUUGAAGUCAAAUGGAAAAAAGCGUCAUGUCAUAUGCGGUUAAGUGCACUAACCAGAUAACCUACAACAGUUCACUGUACAAUUACCUUGUGUUUUCCUAUAAAUGCCCAUGCACUUAAGACGAAUGUUCUCUAAUAUCAAAUGUACAUUUCCGAUGAUCCUUCACCUAUCGUGAAUCUACAUACAUUUAUUACGUCGCUUGCUAUAAUCAUAUCCUUGUUUGGUUUUAUCUGGCACAACUACAGGUUUUUAGAUUUGAACGUCACACAGUUUGGUUCAGGUAAGUAAUAUUGAUAAAAGCAAUUUUAAAAAGCACGCGGCUUUUGCUAUGUAAACAUCAAAAUUUGACCCGACUGAAAAAAAAUUAAGCUAAGUUGAUUAAACAGGUUGUAGGAAAAAAAUAUUUCCCUCCCGCUAUCCAACAAAUAUUGUUUUUCACGGCGUGCCCACCUUUUUGGGAGGUACGAACACGAGAUAUGGUAAUAUGAGAAGAUCAUCUUUAAUUAAAUUGUGACGAAAGACCGCUAGUAGAAGAGAACAAAAAAACAAAUUUUCAAUGCGCAUUUGUUUAACAAUUUUACGGUUUUUUUUUUCUAUUUUGAUCUCUGGUGUAGUGUUCUUUUGUUUUGUUUUUUUUAUCGUCUCUUUGCUUUUUCCACUGGCUCUACAGCUUUUCUUACUAAAAAAACCUUAAUUUAUAGGUCUCCUCUGCGAUGAUAAUGAAGCUGAUUGCUCCAAAUACGCGCAGGACGGAGAAUGUGAGAACUUUCCAGUUUGGAUGCUACUCACCUGUAGGAAAGCGUGUAGAAACUGUGGAUGUGAAGACCUGGCAGCCAACUGCUCUUCUCUGGAAAAAGAAGGAAAAUGCCUCCACCCGGAUCAUGCUAACUGGAUGCUAAGAAACUGUCGUCGAACAUGUAAAGUUUGUCUAGGUUAGAAAACGAUAGCUUAUUGAAAUCGGUUUUUUGUGGUGAAAAACGAUUUUAUUCAACGAAUGAUACAGGCAUACUCGGAGAAAAAGAACUUCGAGUACUCUCAAUGGGAGCUGAACCUGACACCUUCAUAUCGGUACUUCGGACGGUCUAUCACUGUAUUAUAUGAGACUCAUCGUGGCAGGCUGGGCAGUUUAACUGCCAUACUGCUAAGAUAGGAAUGUCGAUAUGUAAUGCUUCUGCGCAGUGAUGGUGUCAAUGAAGAUAGUACAUGUAACUCAGUCAACUCCUUAAGUUUUAAGACUUUCAGUUCGGUGGAUCAAAAUUGUCUUUGUUUCAUGCAUAGGAGCCGUGAGCUAUGACACAUACAGAAAAAUGGACGCAAAUGAUCUCUUCAAGUUCGUGAAGACAAUGGCAAGGAAACACCCAAGACAUAGAUCGCGCUACAGUCACACGGCCUGGUUACACAGCACCACCCCAGACCCAAUACAAAAUAAAAUUAUUGACAGGUGUGUGAUUUAACAAAAUUACUUGCACUUAACGUCACUAUAUCGUUAAAAGAGAACAUAAGAUCUCUCCAUUCUUGUCCUCUUCAGUCAUCUUUACUCGAUUCUUGAGAUCUGUAUUCGAGAAUAUACCUAAGAGCACCAACGACUUCAUUUCUUUUAUUAAUCAGUUAAUUUAUUUAUUUAUCUAUUCAUUCCUUUUUUAUUCAUUUAAUAAGGAUACUGAUGUUAGGGUUAGGGUUGAUGGGUAGGUGCUCAGUAAAAACUUGUUCCGAUAAUGGUAUUAAACGGUUGUGAAUAUAUGAAAAUCAUAUAUUUGAACUGCAGUUAAAGAACCCAUGACCUCUGAAAAUGCUCUACCAACUGAGCUAACAAGCCAAUCUUGUUGGCAGUACAGGAACACUACUUAAGUAAUGUUCAUUAGUAGAUAAUGGUAUUGUUAACUUGACAGGAACAUAUUUAACUUGACAGGAACAUAUUUAACCUACUUUAAUGAAGACUAAUUUUUGUUUCAAAUAUUAGAGUUGUAAAGUUAACCCAGCUUCCUCGUGAGAUAGUAGAAGGUGCCGAAUCACUUCAGGUGAGUUGAGACAAAAUAAAGGGUGCUCAGUAGAAUUUCCAAUAAAUCUUUCCCACCCAAUGCAGUGAUUUUGAAGGGCUUUACACUAUUGCAUUAGUUGCAGGUUUUUUCCUGUCAUAGGUGGUUAAAUACGACAAGUAUGGACAUUACCACGCCCACUACGACUCCUCAGGCACUGGUAACGACAAAUUGAUUUGCUGUCACCAGACGAGAAACAAAACUCUGCCAUGUCGCAUCUGCAGGUAAAUAAGAUAAAAGCUAUACAGGGAGUGACGUGAUAGCUAGAUGGUUUAUCCAGUCGUUGCAAUCCCACGUGGUCUAGUGGUUAGGAUUCGGCGCUCUCACCGCCGCGGCCCGGGUUCGAUUCCCGGCGUGGGAAGUUUUUAUUUUGAUUCUCUUUCUUUGUGCGACUCUCCCGGUCGAUCUUUAACCCCUGUAACAAAAGUACGACAAAUAAAACAACACAGGUUAGGAACAUAAACUUGGAUUAAACAUUAAUCCCUUAAAAUCCCUUACAUUCGUAAUAAAGAAACUUUUUUGCUACUUUCAAUGGAUAGAGACAGAUUGCUCGGACCCCUUUUUUUGUACCAUUUGCGUCAGUGAUCCCAUAAUUUUUCGAGUACUCAGAAGGUAUUAUGAUUCAAGGACAAAAAAUUGAGAAAAACACUGAAUGGACGACAAAAAGAGACCUACACCGGCUGUGGUGUUGAGAAUCAAAAUAAAAGCUUUCCCACACCGGGAAUCGAACCCGGCCCGCGGCGGUGAGAGCGCCGAAUCCUAACCACUAGACCAUGUGGGAUUGCCUCAUUCUUUUUACAUCUGCUCGUUACAAAACAGUAGUGAACCGCUAUCAACAUCAUAAAAUUCCCUGUUGAUUACCUUAAAGAGAAAAAAGCAAGAAAGUAAAAAGAGGAAGUCUUUGAAUCUUCCUUUACUCGUUGGUGAAUCACAGGAACUCAUCUCAAGAGUAUGCUAAACAUUUCCUUUUCUUAAAUUCCAGGUUCGUCACAAUUCUUUACUAUUUGAACGACGUUGAGGAAGGAGGCGAAACAGCUUUUAUAGUGGCUGAUAAUUCAACUCUGAACCAAUCGGUGAGAUCUUAACUUUAAUGGACCUUUGUUAAUGUUUAAGUAUCUUAGAAAAAUUUUGGCUUGUAUUUUUCACGCUACUCAUUUCCAAUCCCCUUAAUGUUCUUGAUCUUUAAAAACCAUUGACCUAACUCCUAGAGGUUACAUAUUUCUGCAAGAUCAGUUUCUUCUUCGGAAGCGUCAAACAUCACAAGUACUCCACCUAGAAUAAUAGGUUAUCCGCGGUCAGGUCUCCCCGACAUGUUAUGGGGGGAGGGGAAGGGAGGCAGCAUUUACACUCCUGGAGGGGAGGGGGGCAGCAUAAGAGUGGAGUGACUUGCUUAUUAGUAACAAGCUUAGUUUGCGUUUGCUCACAAACUGCUCGAUUCAGAUGCAGUCCAGCGCUGAACUUUAUGUCGCCCCACCUCCCACGAGUUUAAGAUAUUUAGAAUUUUAAAUCAACAGAUCCUAUUAGCGAAACGAGGCCAACAAGGAGAUCCCUAUAAUCUCAGUAACUACUGUCAAGACGCCAGUUUGGUAAUAGCACCAAAACGAGGCACAGCUGUCAUGUGGUACAAUCACUACCUUGACUCCGACAGCGAGUGGCUUGGGGAUAGAGACCCUUACUCCCUACACGGAGGCUGUGACGUCAGACGAGGACACAAGUGGAUAGCCAAUCACUGGAUACCAGCACCAUAUGAGAAUUACCAGCACAUUCCCAGUAUAUAUCGAAGAAAAAUUAAAAGGGAUCAUGAUUAAUUAGACUAAUAUUUUAAAUCGUGAUCAGUAGAGAUCUGUGGUCCACGCAAUGGUGCAAUUUUCAAUUCAGUGUCCAAAGUAAUUCGAGGUUUCUUUGGUUUUUCUCACUUCGCUAUGUGAAUACUCCUGCAGAAAACUCGCCCCUAUUUCUCGACCAAUCAGAUUCUAAACUAUAGCUAAUUGCGUUGAGUUGAGUUUUACGACUCUCGAUUGAACUGAUGUGCUCUGUCUGAAUACAAAGAACUUCUUCACCAGCUAUUCGGGUGAUGAAAAUAUAUAAUCCUCUAAAUUUAUAUUAGAAGAAUUUAUAUAAUGUCCGAUAUGAAAGAAUGUAAAGUUCAGAUUUUCGAUACCCUUAGAACGUGUUCAGGAAGUUGACAACAUUUUUGACGAAUUCAAAGGAGAAUUCCUACUGGAAAAUAAUUACAUUUUUUUAUGAAUUCAUAGAAAAAUUGCUGCUGGAAAAUAAAUAAUUUUUUUUUAUCAAAAUGCUCAUCUUUUCCAGCUGAUUGUUUUAAAUUUGAUAUUCUACGUUCCAAUGAUACUUUCCGUGGACGAAGAGUGACCAAUUUUUCCCCAUUUUGCCAUGAUAGGUUUAAAGGAAACUUACUGUAAUUUUCGAGUCAGAAUCAUUAAAUGUUUUUUGAUAAAUUGCUGUUGAAAUCGAGUACGUUUUCCUUGCAUUCCAAGUUUAUCAGGCUUAUCAAGAUUAUCACCACUUAAAUGAGAUUUAGGAUACACUAUUCCCUACCCGCAAAAUAGCAUUGUGGCUAAUUAAAGCGGGAGAGAGAGAUAUUUUUACUGUAGUUUAUUUUGAAUAGAAAGAAGAAUUAGUUAUUAAUUUUAUUACUUUGAUUAGAAAGCCAUGAUCUCGAAAACGAUACUUUGAUCUUGCUGACACAUCUUUGUGAUAACAAUUGGGCCACAUGGGGUCCAAUUCAUACAAAAAGUGUCGUUUUGAUGAGAUCAAAGUUGUCUAUAAACAAAUUUUAAGAGUUACUAAAUUUUGGGCAAGUGCAGAAAUUUGGACGAGAAUUCGAACGCCCCAUGGCCUUAGACAUUGCACCUUCCGUUUCCCCCAGCGCAUGUAGCCUACAUUCCAAACAUAUCUUCUUCAUUUGAGAGAAACCUGUCGACAAGUGAGACUUUCGUUGACCCAGGGUGUUAGGUAUGUUUUCCAUUGAUGUCAUGUUACUUAAGAGGUAACUCAGAGAGUAUCUUUUUAAAUUGAUUCCUCAGUGUUACACUGCACAUCCUCUACUGCGCAUAAAAACCAUGUGAUCAGGCGAAUAAGCAAGUUCGCAUUCCUAGAACACGUCCGGUACUGUUUUUCAAUCAAAGGACCAGAAGUAAAGAGGUAGGAUGGUCUUUAGCUCUUGAACGAGCGCGGUGAGCUAUAUUUUUAUUGCAUAAUUUUGGUGAACAAAUUAUCCCCUCUAAAUUGGAGAAAUUGAAAAAAAAUAUCGAAGGGAAAAAAAGAUAUAUCGAGAAGCGUGCACGAAGCCUGUUACUUGAGGAUGCAAAUUAUGACUUUGAAAGCAACGACUCGAGAAACGUUUUGAGUCGAUGUUGUUUAAAAGUGCAGGAUUUUUCCACAGACUAUACAUUAAAUUAUUCCGAUGAUACGCUCGAGACAUUCUUCCUAUCAAGUUUUCAACUGUUACCAUAAAAACCGUUGCUUCCAGCUACCGCAAAAUGCACCGUGAACCGAUUAAAUGGCGCGCGUGAUUAGUGUCAGCACAGGCAUAAAUGGAGUAACUUUGGCCCAUCAUAUCUCUUAAACAAGCACAGUGACACAUCUGUUUUAUGGUAAAAGAAACAGAAAAUGGUAGGGAACAUUUAAGGAAAGUUAGAAAAAAAUUUGUUCGGCGAUAGCCUGUUUUUCUGAGGAAUCAGCUUAACUAUUACGGUUUACUUUUCCACUGUUAUGAUCGGGGCGGAACUUACGCAUUCAAUGUUAGGAGAACCAUUCACUGUCAGCCGAGGAAAAAAUUAGCUUAAUGGACAUAAAAAGAAGGUAUCCUGUCGAAAACAGAACAACCACAUGUGACUCACAUCAAAACAGCCAACGCGAACAGAUUUCGUACCUGCAGAAUGGCACCAGGAGGUUAAACAUCGACAUUCACUUUUUUUCGAUCGCUAAACUUAGUAACAAUUUUAGUUAUGAAUCUCACCAGAACGUCAUUUUUUAUGGUUUUAUUUAAUUUUUUUAAACUUCCAAAAUUGGAGGGUACAACAGUCAAAAACAAAAUGUUAAAAGAACCGUGUUUUGAGGAAGAUCAAGACCUCACCCAAUAUUCUACUUUCGACGAGUCAUGUGAUAAAGACGGGAGAAAUAGUUUUAAACUUGUUCAUCUACAGGGUAAACGGGUGAGUAGGUAACUAUUUCUGUUGAAUAUAAUAAUACAAGGAAGUAACAAAAGAAAUAAGUUUUUAGCUACUCUCUGAUAUUUUUAUUAUUUCAAAUAACUUAAAGGUAUUCAUUCAAGGACUGAUUUUAGCAAUCACUGAGUUGAGACUAACUUUCUUAUUCAUUUCUAUUCAAAUAAAAAGUGUUGCUAGGUUCAUAUGGUAGAGCUGUGGUCUUCGUAACACAAUUGAUAUAACACAAUCUAUAAGAACCUAACUUUGAUUUGAUUUUUGAUGUGUAAUUAUAUAUAACAAACUGUAACAUUUUGAAGUUGAAAACAUAAGUUAUAAACAAUAACAUCACGGACACGGUUAAGAAAACAAAGAUGUCCUACAACCUGGUUGCUUUGACUGGCACCUGCUAUAUACUAAAAAAGAAGCAAAAAAUUGUCUCUUGUGUAGAGAGCACAAGCAUUUCCAAUACCUGGAGAGGGUGUCGGAAGAUUUUUUGGGGAAUCACAUGGUUUUCAGGGGGUAGGAUCAAUCGUCUUCAACAGAAUGUAAGGGGAGGGGGAGGGGAACGAAGGAAAAUUGACUGCCAAUGACUGGGAUCGUUAGAAUACAACUGUUGUGACACAACCAAAAUCUUCCGACCCCGAGGUGCGUGAUAAGUAACGAGGGAUCCCUAACACUCAUUAGUAGUUGCAUUUUAUUAGACAGGUCACGUGCAAUGGUUAGAGUUGGAAGAAGGAAGAAGUUACAGGUUGAUCACCAGAGCUAUGAGGCCAUUAUUAUUUGGUGAGGUUAUGUUUGAAGAAUUUUUUGUAAUAUGGCUAUCAUGAACAAGUAAAACCAACUGAAAAGGAUUGAACUGCGGUGUAAUAAAUACUGAUAAAAAGUCGAAUAAAUAUUGCACAUCACAUGGGUCUCUAGACUUAACCUUCAACUAAGAUAAACAUCAUUACAACUGAAAUAAAUACAAAACUAAAAGAAUUUAAUACAGAAAAAUUCUAAAACUGUUCCUUAUCCUUAGAAAUUCCUCAUUUUCUAACCGAUGACGAAUGCGAGCACGUGAUUUCGCUCGCAAAGGAGGCAGGACUCAGCGCUAGUCAGGUUGCUCUUAAAUUUGAUGAGAAAGACUUGAACGAGGUCUUGAAACAAGUUGGUGGGUAUGCUCAAUUGCAACAAUCCUCUGUUAAUUUCUUUUCCCAGACAAGUUUUGGAACGUGCUUACUCACGUUGUGCACAACGUGGUUUGAUCUUCUGAUCAGAAUGCAAGUUUGGUAUGAAAUUUUAAUUCAAAAGCAAAGGAGGUUGAACUUUUUCUCCCACGCCCACUGUAUGAUUUAAAGCUGAGAAUUAAUUGGAGAAAUUUCGCGGGAUUAUCGAAAUAUGUACGUAAGCUCUCUAUGAAUGUAUGGACGUUUACAUAGUAUGUGAUAGUAAUUUUUGCUAGUUUUCUUUCAAGACAGAAAUGCAACUCUUGACAAAGAGGAUUAUUUUGCACGAGACUUGAACGUCUGGGAUAGAAACAAAGAUAAUGUUGUUGAUAUAGAGGAGGUAAGAUAAAUUAUGGAAAUUUCUUUAAAUGAAUAUCGAAUAUUUAUAUGAUUGAUUAUAAAUGAACUUGUCAACAAAAGUAAGUGUAGUAGCAUGAUUACACAAGUAUUACCUUUUAAAUUACGCCAAAUAUAUAAUUUAUAUGAAAAGUUAUCGUCCUCACUGGAUGAUAAAGCGUGUUUAGAUUGAGUGUCGAAGAACCAAACCCAAGGGGACAGGGACAGUUUCGUAAACCAAUCAGAGAGCGUUACUCCUGAUGCCCACUCGAAAAUUCUCCUGAAGCGUAAGGGAAAGAUAAGACUCUGCGAUCUGAACACACGAGCAUUUUCAUUUUUUUGUUUUAAGUUUUCAUUAAAAUCAUAGCUCACUUGGUCCAUAAAAGUUCUUUUUUUUUCACAGAUCAGAAAAUUUGCAAAGAUGUAUAAAUCACUUCACUUGAAACAAGAGGAAAUAGUUCAAAUGUGAGUAUGAAAAUGGUCUAACAUGUGACGAAUUAAAAUUUCCUCUCAGUCUCACUCAAAGCAAAUGGAUGGUAUGAUAUCGAUGAGUCACAGUGUGUGGAAUAUUUCUUUUUAUCAAGGUUAGAAAGCUGUGGGUUGGCAUUCGAUGAUAAUACCGAAGGUAAAUAAGUAAGAAUUGAAUUGUGCCUUUGAUCUAGUACUGACUACGUACUAUCGUUUGAAGCGAAAUCCUAAUUAUAGAGUAAGUGAAUUAGAUUUGGACCUGGGAAUGAACUGUGCACGUGAAGUCCAAUUGGAAAGUGACCCAGUCAAUAACAAAGUUUUAAGUCGAUAGCACUUCUUCCUUAGCCUCAAAUUAUACGGGUCAUGGACUAGAAGGAAAUAACUUGAUGAUAAAGUUUAAUUAUUAAAAACCUUACUUGAUUGUUCCAAGUGAAACUUAUAACGUGCAUUUACCUUAAUUGCUCCUAGAAAAAAUAACCACCAAUUAUUUAAUUGACGGAAAUAUAAAGAAACUUCUUUCCUAUAUGAGUUUUCUGAGAACCUCAAGUCCCCAACAUAAAUUCCGGUACAGCGACCAGGCUUGGUUACGUCAAGACAAAACUGCUGACCACAUUUUACGACGCCUUCAUGAAAGGUUAGUACACGGUAUAAAAAAAAUUCAAAAAACACAUUUUUUGACGGCAGAUCGUGAGUAAAUAUGGGCACUUGAAGGAGAAAAUCGUAAAUUGGACUCGUAAGUCCAUUAAAAGGUUUAAAUUAAACCUCAAUCAGUAGUCCAUUAUUUAUGGGUAAGAUUAAGAAUGUAAAUGUCUUAUUUGUUGCAGAAUUGCUAAGUUAACGAAGCUCCCAAGAAAACUGCUUCAAGGUAGUGAAUCAAUGCAGGUAAAAAAAAAAUAGAUCAUGAGAAUCUUAUAUCGUGCCACUUUACAUUGUAUUUCAAGUUUACCACUACCUAUGAUUAUAGCGCCUCGCGUCUAUUUUGGAACCACUUUAUUCACAAAGUAUGAAAAUAAUUGGUUAAAGUUAGAUUCACUGCCGUGGAAAUGGUCACGUUUUCAAGUCCUCUCAUCAGACAUCUGAUUUGUGUCAUUCUCAGGUCGUUCGCUACCAAACAUCAGGUCACUAUCAUGCGCAUUUUGACUCUGGUAUGGAUCCCAGCGUCCCUUGCUGUCAUCAAAAUGUGGAUCUAAGGCCGCCUCAGUGUAGACUUUGCAGGUGAGCUGAGCUGCUUUGCUAUAAAUUAAUCAUACCUAAUUUGCAGAUAUUUUCUUUACGUGUUCGGGUAAUUUUGAAUACAUUCAAACAGAUAUGCUCUUUUUGAUUUGUUUCUCAGAUUCGUCACUAUUUUGUAUUACCUCAAUGACGUAGAGCAAGGAGGAGAAACAGCAUUUCCUCUGGCGGAUAAUUCCACGAUAACUUUUAAGGUAAGAGGUUAGUUCUAUCCUAAGAAUUAAAUGUCCAGUUCAAUUUUUUGUGGAAUUGACCUCUAUUGUUAGUCACUAUCAUCUUUAUGAUUUUUGUGUUUUUGACCGUUUGCAAGCACACCGUAAGUUAUACUUUAAAUUUGUAAUUUGAAUAAUUUCUUUCUUAGACUCGAACUUCAUUUCCAAAUAAUGGCGGUUUGGUCACUCAGAUUUUCCCAGGCUUCUAUUUUUAUCUUGAUUUCUUAUUUUCUUCAUUUUGUCACUUGCAUUUUUCUGAUUGGCUGUUUCUCUUAAGACACUCAAUCCAAAUGUGCUCAAAUCGAACAACUUCAAAAUAAGAGAUUACUUAUAUAUCAUCAAAUAUUAGUACAUGUAAUGACUAAUACUUUAUUGUAAAAUUUGACUCAGGAGCUGCCGAAUCCCGAAUCAGACGAAUUCAAUCUGAGUAUCAGUUGUCAAAUGGCUAAUCUUGUUAUCCCGCCCAAGAAAGGUACUGCCAUCAUGUGGUACAACAAUUUUAUUGACCCGGACAGUGAACUUCUUGGGGACUUGGAUGUCAAUUCGAUUCACGGUGGUUGUGACGUCAUUAAAGGAGAAAAGUGGAUUGCAAAUAAUUGGCUAACAGCGCCAACGAAAAACUCUAGACAUUUUAAGAGUGCCUAUGAUGUUGGGUUUGAUUGAGAAAGCGGCAGCAAAAGUUCUAAGAAAAAAAAUCCGCGGUGAAACA